AUGGCUUCUGCAGUCUGGGGAAGUGCCCCCUGGUGGGGCCCGCCGCCUCCAGCCCCAGCCCGCCCGCUCACUGACAUCGACUUCUGCUCUGGGGCGCAGCUGCAGGAACUAACCCAGCUUAUCCAGGAGCUGGGUGUGCAGGAGAGCUGGAGUGACGGGCCCAAGCCUGGGCCAGACCUCCUCCGAGCCAAGGACUUUGUUUUCUCUUUACUUGGUCUUGUUCACCGCCGGGAUCCCCGCUUUCCUCCCCAAUUAGAGCUUUUGCUGCUUCGUGGCGGAAUUCGCGAGGGCUCCCUGGAUCUGGGGCCUGCACCCCUAGGGCCCUACGCCCGGGGACCUCACUACGACGCCGGCUUCACACUCCUGGUGCCCGUGUUUUCUCUAGACGGCACUGGGCAGGAGCUGCAACUGGACAUGGAAUCCUGUUACGCCUGGCUCUGCCUUCCAGAACUGAUGCAGGGGACCUCGGUCAGAGAGGCAUGGCAGGACUGCCUAGGACCCCCAGUCACAGGAGAACUUGAUUCGACCCACCAAACCCAAAGCGAAGAAAGUCCCAAGGACCAGCAAAGCUCCAUGGACGAGCUGCACAGUUACAUCACUGAGCCCGAGUCGCAUGUGUCUUUGGAAAAAUCACCUAGUAACAGUUCGAGGCCCGAGUCGCCUCGGCAAGAUGUAACUGAUCUUGGCUUUCCUGCACUGCUGAAAAAACUGAAUGGUGAUGUCACCAAAGCAGCUAUGGAUAAUUCAGUCCCAAAGCCGUCGGAGGCUCCGGAGGCAUGGCCCACAUUGUGCCCUGCCAAGGUGGCUGCGUGGUUCUUUGCUACGCUGGCCGAGGUCGCCGAGUCCCUGUUCCCAGUCCCAGGUGCCCCGCGCUUGGUCCACGCAGCCCGCCACGCGGGGUUCACCACCGUCCUCCUGGCUACGCCAGGGCCCCCACGCCGCCUCCUGCUUUUCGACUUGAUCCCUGUGGUGUCCGUGGCUGGUUGGCCCGAGGGGGCUCGGAGCCACUCGUGGGCUGGCCCGCUGACCUCCGAGUCGUCCUCCUUCUACCUGGUGCCCGGCAGCGGCAUGGAACGGCCGGGAGCUUCCGGCUGGCAGCUGUGCUUUGCCCGCCAGGAGCUGGCGCUCAAGGCGCGUAUACCCGCUCCGCUACUGCAAGCGCACGCGGCUGCCCAGGCGCUACUGCGCCCGCUGGUGGCCGGGACCCGGGUCGCGGCGCCCUAUCUUUUGCGGACGUUGCUCUACUGGGCUUGUGAGCGACUGCCCGCCCUCUAUUUGGGGCGGCCUGAAAAUGCGGGCGCCUGCUGCCUCGGGCUGCUGGAUGAGCUGGGGCGUGUGCUCGAGGCUGGGACGCUGCCCCACUAUUUUCUGAGCGGCCGAAAGCUGUGUGCGGGGCACGGUGCCGCUGCAUUACUCUUGGCAUUAACCCAGCUUCGUGGGGACCCUGCCCGGGCCCUGUGCGCCGCGGUGGAGGAGGCCAAGGCUGCGCGCAAGGGAGGUGGUUUAGCUGGCGUGGGGGGCGGGGUCCAUUAA